AUUCGUCAAUCCCGCUACCCGGUGUCCGGGUAAGAUGGCGGCCGAAGAACAGUGCUCGGCACCGCCUCGAUGGCGGCCAAUAUCGUUAACUCAUGUUGAGUAUCCUGCUGGUGAUCUGACAGGACAGGUGUUGGCGUACAUUAGCCUGCUCCCCAUUGCUAUCCUGGUGGGCUUUGUGACACUCAUAGUCUUCAAGCGAGAACUACAUACAAUCUCCUUCUUUGGGGGAUUGAUACUAAAUGAGGGGCUUAACUGGCUACUGAAACACAUUCUGCAGGAGCCACGCCCUUGUGGGGGUGCCCAUGCAACCCUAAACACAGAGUAUGGCAUGCCAUCCAGUCAUGCGCAGUUCAUCUGGUUUUUUGUUGUUUACUUUUUUCUUUUUCUUUAUUUAAGAAUGCAUCAAACCAACAAUGCUAGAUGUGUGGAGUUGCUAUGGAGACACGUCUUGUCUAUCAUCUUACUGAGCAUAGCCUUGGCUGUGUGUUACAGCAGGGUCUACUUGUUGUACCAUUCCGGAAGGCAAGUGGUUUACGGAGGCGUCGCAGGGAGUGUGAUGGCCGUGGUCUGGUUUUUCAUCACCCAGGAGCUGCUGACUCCCCUCUUCCCCAGGAUUGCUGCUUGGCCCAUCUCAGAAUUUUUCCUGGUGAGGGACACCAGUCUUAUUCCGAAUAUUCUGUGGUUCGAGUACACAGUCACCCGCUCUGAAGCCAGAAACAGACAACGAAAACUUGGGACUAAAGUUCAGUGAUUUGCUGCAUUCCGUUUGAUGAAUUAAGGAGAACACACACACACACACACACACUAAGCAAACACAACAAGUACACAAACAAAACCACACUGGAGUAUAUUAUUCAGGACGGUUCUCUUUGAGACACAGAAGGGGGCCAGGUGGUCUCAGGUGGACCAAAGACAUUGCCGGGACCUGUUGUCUGUUCUGAGUGCUGUCGUCAUGCCAGCAGGCAGUGUCUUGACCCAUUCCUGUCCUUCCCUACCCCUCCUGAUGCAUGCCAACAGUGCAAGACGCAAAAACUAUUUAAUGAGAAAUUGAUUUAAUAUAUAUUUUAACCAUUAGUGCAGUUGUGUCAGAACCACACUAGUAAGUAUGUAAGGGUUGAGGGCUAUGUAUUUUGUUUGUUUGGGAGGGUGUGUGUUUGGAAUGGACAGGUGUUAUAACAGCAUGAAUUUUUUUUUUUUUUUUUUUUAAAGAGAACUGUGUAGAGGGUGGGGGUAUUUCUUUUGUGGGUAAGGAUUCUUGUGGGGUUGAAGAUUUUGAAAAGAUAGUUUAGUUUUCUUUCUCAUUGUAUAGAAGGUUUAGUAACAUAAUAAUGUAACAUGAACAGAAAUUACAAGUAUGAUAGUGAAAAAAGUUGAAUGAAUUAACAACGACAACAACAAAGGUUUACAGAGAUAUGCCUCUGUCUUUUAAUAUCCUCCUGUGUCAUGGACAAGCAGGCUUUGCUUAGCUGUCCUGAACGUAUGAUAGGUUGACUCAUCACCAUAAGUACACUGACAGAUCUGCUGUUGGGGAUGAAAUAGUCUAUCCUCAAAGCAGUCCUUAAGAAUCUAGGUCUAUUGUUUUCACUGGCAAGACCUAGGACGUGGAUACUCUCCCUGUCUACACUGCCUGUCUUCUUGUGUGAGGAGAUUCACUUUUUCCCUUUUGGUUUUAUUUUUUGUCUAUCUUACUUUCCCCUAGGGCUUCUAACAGAUUAAUAUUCUGACAUUCCAUAUUGCUGGUAACACACACAUGCAUCAGGAAUACACAGUUGGAUUAUGUUUAAAGGCAUUUUAUUUCUUCUUUUUUUUUUAGAAAAUACAGAUGGGAAUCAUUUUUUUAUGUUUUAGCUUUUUAUUUAAAGUAUAUUGCUUGAGGUCAACCCAUAAGUUAAGUGCACCAGUGUUACUGGUAACAAGACGUAAACAUCAGUUGAAAAUUACAAUGAGGAAAAGUAAGAAAAACUAAUGAAAAUAUACCCAAACCUCAGGUGAACCGCAGCAUGUGUUUGUGCUGUGAAGCCUAUGUAACCCAGAGAUGGAGUCUGGGAAACGGGCUGUGUAAAGGGAGUUUGGGAGUGUGUAGUUCUUAAGACUAUUCAUUUCUCUGUGUCAUUCAUAUCAAGCUAAAUAAAAGCAAAACAUGAACAGAA